AUGGAGAGUGGAAGAUUAUCCAGCACACAACAGGCGCUGAUCCGGGAGAGCUGGCAGAAAGUGAGUAGCAACCUCCUGCAGCAUGGCAUCGUCUUGUUUACCAGGUUGUUUGAUCUGGACCCUGACUUGUUGCCCCUUUUCCAGUACAAUUGCAAACAGUUCUCCAGCCCUCAGGAGUGCCUCUCAUCGCCCGAGUUCCUGGAUCACAUUAGGAAGGUGAUGCUGGUGAUAGAUGCUGCUGUGACCCACCUGGAGAACUUGUCCUCUCUGGAAGAAUAUCUCUCCAACUUGGGCAAGAAACACCAGACAGUUGGUGUGAAGGUGGAUUCUUUCUCGGCAGUGGGAGAGUCCUUGCUGUUCAUGCUGGAGAAAUGCCUCGGUACUGCCUUCAGCCCGGACGUACGAGAGGCUUGGACCAGGCUGUAUGGUGCCGUUGUGAAAGCCAUGAGCCGUGGCUGGGAUGCACGUAAAGAGGGGGAAUAG